AUGGUCAGCCUCAGUAGGCUACUUGUAUCCCAGGAGAGAGUUUCGUUGUCAGUGUCGACUUUUUCAACAUUUUUCUUGCCGGCCUUUGUUUCGUACCUUGCAAUGGCCGUGCUGGUUCAACGAAAACGCACUGCAAUGAUCCGCUUUGCGCUUCUUCCAGUUACAUGGCUAUGUGCAUAUCGAGCUGGCUCGUCGCUCGAUCUUUCUUUCGGUAUUCCCGAUUACCGUUUCCUCAAUCAAAUCUUAGUUGCCGCCGUAUUCACCUUUUCGAUGCGAUCGACCGGUUGGGCUUUCGCAAAAAAACCAUAUAGUCGAAUCGCUUUACAACCGAACAAAACGUUCAACGGUGAUACCAUGUCAGACAGCACAAGCAACCGGAUGACCAGUGUCGAGGAUAUCCCACUAUCUACCGCAUUCUGGAAUGCAUGGGAUCUAUCAGUUAAUCUUCGCGGGAUUGGGUGGGAUUGGACGAAAGGCCUACGCAUUCCAAAGAGCAGUUUUGGAACAGAGUCAACAUCAAAGUUCCUGCUCGGCACUCUCGCGAAGCUAUUGUUCAACACGCUUGCAUUUGAUGCCGCCUCUAGAGCCGCUCACUAUCUUUCUCCGGAAAUAUUCGGAUCAACUGAAGGGGACACAAUAUUUGACGCAUCACUACCGCCCCUCAGUCGCUAUACCCGGUCUGCCAUCAUUACGAUCCUCUCUGGUUUGGCAGUAUAUUUUAUGGUUGAAUCGCUGUAUCAGAUAUACACCAUUGUGUUUGUCUUGUUAUUCAGACAAGCACCAUCUCAAUGGCCGCCCUUGUUUGAUACCCCAUGGCUUUCGACAUCAUUGACCAGUUUUUGGGGUCGCAAGUGGCAUCAAUUGCUUCGGGAGUACUUCAUAUCAGUCGGCGCCCGACCAUUGUCAUGCCUAUUUGGUCGCCCUGGAGGGGUGAUGGGCGCAUUCCUCAUCUCAGGCGUCCUGCACUAUCUUGUAUUGAAGGCAAUGGAACGAGGUGGUCACCCUGUUGCGGUGUUUGGGUUCUUCAUCAUGCAAGCCGUCGGUCUAAUUCUUGAAGACAUGUGGAAGAAACGUACGGGCUUACGUGUCGAUGGGUUUUGGGGCUUGUUGUGGACUUUGCUGUGGCUAGUCUUUUGGGGUACCUUCAUGAUUGAUGCAUGGGCGAGAGUUGGUUUGAUCGGGGCCAGGUUCUUUCCUGGCGAUUACAGACCGACAGUCUUGCUUGUCCACUUUUUGAAACAUGGUUUUGAUUUGUUUAGAUUCUGA